UUGUGGGUGCAGUGUGGGUGCAGUGUGUCAGUGUGUCUGUAAGAGCUGUGAGCACCAGAGAAAGGAGUGAAAUUAUGUUAAUAAUCUGUGUAGAGACGAUUUGCGAUUGGCCCCUUGCAUGCAGCUCUGUUUCACACAGCAAUCUCACAGUAUUUGGACAGUACAGGCUGUUGAAUAAAAGAGCUUCCCGAGCUAAACACAAUACCUUGAUUUGUCUUUUUUAUUUUAAGUAAAUAUUUUUUCUGUUUUUUUUUUCUGUAUUUGAUUUUGGAGAAACUUGUCUACAAAAUGACUAUUAAACAUCUUGACCAAGGCCAGCACUAUCGGCCAAGGAUGGCUUUCCUGAAAAAGAUUGAAGCACUGAUCCUGGAGAUGCAGGAUGCUGAGAAUGGAAUCAAGACCCAGACUCAAAGGUUGAUGAUCACCACCAUCCCACAUGCCAUGACAGGUCAUGAUAUACUGGAAUGGAUUAUACAGCGACUGCAAAUUACAGAUGAAGAGGCAUUACACCUUGCAAAUAUUAUUGUCAAACAUGGAUACUUCUACCCUCUGCAAGAACCAAAGAACCUUAUUCUCAAGGCAGAUAGCAGCUUGUACAGAUUUCAGACACCAUAUUUCUGGCCAACUCAACAGUGGCCGGCUGAAGAUACAGAGUAUGCAAUUUAUCUUGCAAAGAAAAAUAUCCGGAAGAAAGGCUUGCUAGAAGACUAUGAAAAGGAGAACUACAGUAUUCUGAAUAAGAAGAUAAAUCACAAAUGGGACUUUGUUGUAAUGCAGGCAAAGGAGCAGUACAAAGCAGGAAAAGAGAGGAAAAAAGCUGACAGAGUUGUUCUAGAAUGCCAAGAGAGAGCUUACUGGCUUGUUCACAGACCACCGCCUGGGGCAUUAGAUGUAUUAGAAUAUGGACAGAACCGGGUGACGGAUCCAAAUGCAAGUCAGGUAAAAAAGAAAAAGACAGUUGAUCUUUACAGAAGAGAAAUCAUUUACUACCAGCAAGCUCUGAUGAGAUCAAGAGUGAAGUCUUCAGUGUCAUUAGCAGGUGUUGUCAAGUUCUGUGAACAGUAUUACACUCAUGACCCUAUCAUGUCAGGCUGUCUCCCUAGCAACCCUUGGAUUACUGACGAUACCAUGUUCUGGGAGAUUAACGCACCACUGGCGGAUGUCCCAACAAAGCUGCGAGUUGAACGUUGGCAGUUUAAUUUCAGUGAGCUGAUUAGAGACCCAAAAGGGAGGCAGAGUUUUCAACAAUUCUUAAAGAAAGAAUUCAGUGGAGAAAAUCUAGGUUUUUGGGAAGCCUGUGAAGAUCUUAAAUAUGGCGAUCAGUCGAAGGUCAAGGAAAAAGCUGAAGAGAUCUACAAGCUCUUUUUGGCUCCCGGAGCAAGGCGUUGGAUCAACAUUGAUGGGAAAACAAUGGAGAUCACUGUGAAAGGUCUUAAGCACCCUCACCGCUAUGUCUUAGAUGCUGCUCAGACCCACAUUUAUAUGCUGAUGAAAAAGGAUUCAUAUCCUCGUUACUUGAAGUCCCCCAUUUACAAGGAGAUGUUGUCCAAAGCUGUUGUCCCAGCAGAAACAAAGAAAAGCAAUUUCCCAUUUAUGAGGCGUCAUCGUCGGUCCAGUCCAAGCCCGGUAAUCUUAAGGCAGCUGGAAGAAGAGGCCAAGGCAAAAGCAGCAGCAAAUGCUCCACUGGACAUCACUCAGCUGUGUAAAUUCACUGCUCCUGUUCCCCACUUGGCUGUUUAUACUGGCUUUUGUGUUCCACCAUCACCGACCAACCUUCUUCCAGCCUUUCCUGCACUGUGUGAUACAACAUUCCAGUCCCCUGGACACAUUGCCUUACCUAAUAGUGCUGUCUGUCCUUCACCCAUUAGUGUAGCCAUUGAAAGCACCCCUGCUUCAGAAAGAAAGUCAGAGGCAAAUAGCGCUGUAUCUAGCAAUUUCCCUUCUGUUGUUGAAAGCACUGAUGUUUCCAUUGGUUCAGACUGUAGCAUGACUAACCCAGUAUUUGUAACUGCUGAAGAAAAGCCAUGUCAGAAGUCCAAAAUGGCAGUGACAUUCAGCAGAUUCUUAAAACGGAGAUGUGUUAAUUCACCAGUCUUUGCUACACUUUCUCCAAAGUGCCCCACAAUGAAUCAUGGGAAGGUGCAGCCACUGAACAGAAUGGAACAGAAACUACAGCAGAAGUCAAAGAAUAUAGCCAAUUUUUUUCAGAUUAAAGUGGAUAUUCCAUCAGAGUGUCGCAUCUAUCCCAUAGACUCUGAGGAUGAGGAGGAAGACUGCCAAAACACCUACAAAGGCUCAGGAAAGGAAGUCAUCUGCCCUUGGGAGAUUCUUACGGAAAAAGGCAAAGUUGGAUAACAAACCAGUUCCAUAUAGCUAUUUAUCCAGCAUGCUCACAGAGGCAAGGAUAAAAUUUGCCUUCAAAAAGAAACUUUACCUAAUUGUGAUCAAAAGCAACAGAUGACAGUCUUAAGUAUUCUGAAAUAUUAUAAUAUUGUUUCUGACUUCAAAGCCAAAAGCACAGAAGAAAGUGAUGCAUAGAUGAAUAUGUAUCUUUAUAAUUUCUGAGAGUGGGUUUCAAUGCUUGUGCCACUACAAAUAUGAGUCACGUUGCUCACUUACUGGCCAGAUAGAUGGUCAUGCCUUAUUUUUUAAAGUAAUUUCAGCAACUGUGGUGAUACUGCACUAUUCUGGCAGCAAGCUCUUGAAAUGCCUUUGGGACUACAUUGGCUAAUGUGCCAAUUCACUGUUGUAAUCAAAUUUCACAAGGUUGUAGUUUAACAUAUUUGAGGAGGGGGCUACUUUUUUAGUAUUUCCAUUUUUUUAUCAGCCAGUGUGCCUUUAUUCAUGGUAUAUUGUACAGGGAUUACAACAGUAAUGCCAACUAAUGUGUUCUGAUGCACAGAAACAAAAUUCCCAAAUCAGUUUAGCUAGAUACCCUUUGGAUCACUAUCUCUAAAUAGUAUUAGGAUGACAUUUUUAUACAAUUACUUCAUAUCUAUUCUUCCUUUUUCAGGAGAAAAACAAAAUCUCAGACUUUACUGGAAGGGAAGUUAUUUCUUUUGGCUCCUCUCAAGUCUUUAUGUUCUGUGGAUUUGUCUCUUUUAGCAUAUGUGCCAUGUAAGCAAAACCAUUGAAACCAGCAAAACUUGAAAUGUAGCUUUGUAAUUUGGGUUUAUAAUAUAUUUUGUUAUGGGCUAUCUCUUCAGUUACAAGUUAACUAUAAACUUUUCAUUCAGAAUUAAAGGAUACAAUAGUAUAGCAGCAAAACUUGAAAUGCAGUCUUUUUUUUUUUGGGGGGGGGGCAAAGGUGCCAUCCCAUAUAGAAGACUAUGACUUCUAUAUCACACAGAGAGCACAGAUUGCUCAUUGUAGAUUACUUACCUUUAAACACAGCUAGAAUCUAAUGACAUCUUGUAAUUUAGAAUGCUGGUUGUCCGGUAAACUGUACCAAAGGGCACUGUCACAGCCAGACAGUGAUCUAGGGUCAGUGUCUAUGGAACAAUUCAUUUCUGCCUGAAUUAGAAAGCAGACUUACAUGAACACUAUUUUACUGUUACUACAUGUAGAAUAGUGUGUGUGUGUGUGUGUGUGUGUGUGUGUUGUACCUUUAAGAAGUAUUUCCAAGGACAGCAUGUGCGUAUAAAUAGCAAGCACGUGCUAGCUUCAGUGGCAUUUUGAGACAGCAGCCAGAGUAUGAGCCUGUAUGAACGUGAUAGCUAGUUAGUUUGCAAGUUUAUCUAAGUUAAAGUUAUUAAGCCUCAAUUAUGAUACUUUUGUACAUAAUA